GGAAGGGCAAGUGCAAGUCUCCGAAAAAGCACGUGUUUCGGCGUUUUUUCGUUUUUUAUUAACAAUUUUUUGAUCAACCGAUUAAUCAUCCGAAAUAGAGCGAUCAAACAAUAUAAUCAACUCAAGUUACGACGUAUUAGUUUAGUGAUUCAAUCAUUGUUAGCGAGAGGGAGAUCAAUAGGGUCGUGGAAGUGUGUGGAUGGUAUAGGUGAAGUUGCGAAUUUGCGACUUAGCGAUUGGCGAGUGUGUACUUAAAAUACCAAAGUAUAUAAGUACACCACAUACUCUCGUUACAAUGGCGGUGGCAUCGAUCUGCCGGCAGUUCGCCGUUAGAAGCUGUGCCGCAACAGCAAACUGCAGAGCCGUCGGCGUCAGAACACUCGCCGAAGCUGCGAAGGCGAAGAUGGGCCUGCCACGAGUAUUUUUCGACAUGACCGCUGACAACGCUCCGGUCGGAAGGAUCGUCAUGGAGCUGUACUCGGACGUGACGCCGAAAACGGCCGAAAACUUCCGGGUCCUGUGCACCGGGGAAAAGGGUUUCGGGUACAAGGGCAGCCGGUUCCACCGGGUGAUACCGAAAUUCAUGUGCCAGGGCGGCGACUUUACCAACCACAACGGCACCGGCGGCAAAUCCAUCUACGGCGCUAAAUUCGAGGACGAGAACUUCAAGCUGAAGCACACGGAGCCCGGCAUUUUGUCGAUGGCCAACGCCGGGCCCAACACCAAUUCCUCCCAGUUUUUCAUCACCACCAUCGAGACCGGCUGGCUGGACGGGAAACACGUAGUGUUUGGACGGGUCGUUGAAGGGAUGAACAUCGUGAAAAAGCUGGAAGCCAUGGGCUCGGCGAGCGGAAAAACGUCCAAGAAAAUCGUCAUCCAGGAUUGUGGCGAGCUGAAAGCUUGAAGCGAGGCCUCUGCCGGAAAAGCAAGACAACCUUAGAUCUCAUGUCGCUGCGUCGACGCACACACACCAUAUGAACCCACACGGAUUGACCCUUUUUAUCCGCAAACUCUUGAUGGCCUCGAUUUAGACGUGCGUGAUUCGAGAGACAGACAGGCGCUCGUUCUCUUCAUGCCCCUUUUUUCCUCUCCCGUCUACGGUGAUUUACCAACUGUCUGUUUCUCGUCUAGUAUCCUAUAUCACGUGCAGGCACACACACACGUACACUUGUAUUUGUAAUAUGCCUAGCUACUACUGCAUUCGAGUAUUUGUUAUGAACAAAAGAAGUGAAUAAAGUUGUUUUCAAAAACUAA